GCUGGCAAACGAGCCGGGGGAGGUGGGCUCCGCCGCCGCCGGCACUGCGGGGUAUAAAAGCCGCCGGGCCGGGGGUGCGAUGAGGUAUGGUUGCGGUGUAGCAUGGAGGUUGGAGCGCUGCGCUGUGGCUGCUCACUCUCAGUGGCGCUGCCCCCGCGGGGCUGCGCUCGCGUCCCGCACGACUCCGCGCCCUUCGCUUCUCUCUCCACUUCUUCUUCCUCGCCCUGCCGCUCAGCGCCCUUCUGGAGGCCGUGGGCGCUCGGCCCCGCCAUGCCCCUGUGGGCUGGCCGAGUCUUCCGGAAAGCUGGCUCAGUACGCGCACCCCGUGAGACUAUUUUGGCCCAAAUCAAGGUGCUACGAUUACCUGUAUCAGGAAGCUGAGGCACUUCUGAAAAACUUUCCUGUUCAAGCUACGAUUUCUUUUUAUGAAGACACAGACAGUGAGGAGGAUGAAGGUGAACUGGAGCAAGAUGCAAGAGCAGAAUCACAUUGCUGAUGGCAAGAAAGGCCAAUCGAGACUACUUCUAUUAAGCUUACUAUAAAAAAAACGUAUUAUAGUAUUUUUAAAGAUAAUUUAUACGUAUGUAAAUUAUUCUUAAUAAAACUGGAAUGUUUUGUAAUUUUA